UCAACCCGGAAGAAGGAGUUUUCUCUCCCAUGUGGAGAGCAUCCGGAGCGUGCCCGUGUGAUGCGACGCAUCUUAAGACAAACUUGCGACAGCGUCCCUCUUGAGCAAAAAUACAUUUGUUAGACCGUGGACGACCAAUGCUACGAUAUGGAACAUUUAGAACUGAGCCUGUCGUCGCUGGGUAUUAUAAGUAAACACAUCAAAAACAACCAACUACACCAAUAUCUCUCAAAACAGAUAUGGAAUCAGCAGGAUAGGCAGUGUAUUCUGGAGUGUCUGGCCCAGCUUCUGGUGGAGAAGGAUGGUACCUUAUUAGUUGCCAGACACUUGCGCCCGCUGGUUCUGGACUUGCUGGAGCGGAACGCAAAGCGAGUUAAGACGAAUGGAAGGAUCAGCCAUGAUCUACACGAACGCCUCUGUGUGGCUCUCAGUAAACUUGUUUACUUCAGCCCUGACGCCAAGUCGUUUGCUGCAAGAUACUUCCGUGAUGCCCCUCCAGUGUUCCAGAGGCUCUUCUUCACCAGCGAAGAAGCAUCGGGUGUCCAGUAUGGUCCGAGGCGCAUGAAGCUCCGUGACCUCAUGGCUGCAACUCUUCGCUUCCUCAAGAGUGAUUGUGCCAAGUUUGUAACACUCUGGGACUGGAGUCCGUGUGUUUCCCAGCUGCUCACCAGAGAUGUUAUGGUUCGAAGGUACACUGCUCAUUGUUUAGCGCUGGUGUCUCGUAUGACGGAUCAUCAGAAAACGAUCUUUCUGAGAAAUGUUCUUAGCAGUGAGGAGGUUCUUCAAAUGAAAAUCAGUGCCUUUGAAGAAACUCAGCAGUUGGAGGUCGAAAGAGCCCUGGUGUUGGCCAAUCAGGGGUCUGCAAUGUGGUGCAAGGACAAAAACAAGAAGUAUACGCAGGGUCAAGUGGUAUCGGAGGACUUGUGUCAAAGUGUGGUGGCAAUCUGUGGUGUUUUGCUACCCAGAAUCGCUCCAGAAGAGGCUGCGCAGGUGAAUGAAAAAGAUAUGGUUCUGGUGGACUCAACCCGUCUCAAUCUGAGAAGGUUGGCAUUGGCCGUGGCUUCACAGAAGCCUGUGCUUCUGGAGGGGCCCAUCGGAUGUGGUAAAACCGCCCUGGUGGAGAUGAUGGCUGCCGUUACAGGUCAUGCAAAGAGUCAGAGCUUUUUGAAGGUCCAGCUUGGGGAUCAGACGGACAGCAAGCUCCUGCUCGGGAUGUAUCGAUGCACGGACAUUCCAGGGAAGUUCAUAUGGCAGCCAGGAACCCUGACCCAGGCUGUGUCUAAAGGGACAUGGAUUUUGUUGGAAGACAUUGAUCACGCGCCUCUAGAUGUGAUAUCUGUACUCCUUCCAUUGAUGGAGAAUAAAAAGUUAAUGAUUCCAGGACGAGAGGAUAGCAUUGACAUAAGUCCUGGAUUCCAAUUCUUUGCAACAAGAAGGUUGAACUACAGUGAUGGCAGUUGGCACAAACCAGCAAACUCCAAUGCAGCCUUACUGGAUAAGUACUGGACCAAGCUACAGAUUGGAAACAUGACACGAGAAGAGCUGAAGAUGGUGGUUACCAGCAAGUACCCGACGCUGACAAUGGUGGCAGAUCGACUCUUGGAUAUUUACUGCCACUUGACUGGUGAGAGACAUUCGGAGCCAUUAUGCCUCCAAAACUCCCAGGAACACCAGCAGCCUGAGGAGAGACCCACAAAGCUGGAGGGCAGAGCGCUGUCUUUAAGGGAUUUACUGAAAUGGUGUGAGAGGAUCAGCGUCAACUUUGACAGCACCUCAUCCAGCACAGGACAGCAUGUGUUUCAAGAGGCCCUUGACUGCUUCACAGCAAUGUUGUCUCAUCCCGAAAGCCAACUCCGGAUGGCUGAGGUCAUUGGAAGCAAGCUUAAUAUCUCCAAGGAAAAGGCCCAGCACUUCUGCCGGAUUUAUCAGCCUGCUGUCUCGCUGACUGAAGAGGAGGUCUUGGUGGGUCGAGUGACUCUGGUUCGAAAGCAGAGUGAAACAGUACAGCUGAGUGUUGAUAAACAGACGUUUGCUGCCACUCGACCAGCUGCUGUACUACUGGAGCGACUGGCCCUUUGCGUGGCUAAACAGGAGCCUGUUCUCUUAGUGGGCGAGACGGGGACCGGAAAGACCACCACUGUACAGCACCUGGCCACGCUGACAGGACAUAAGUUGAUGGUUGUUAACAUGAAUCAACAAAGUGACACUGCUGACCUACUUGGGGGGUAUAAGCCGGUCGACCACAAGCAGAUCUUACUCCCGCUGCGGGAGGCCUUCGAAGACUUGUUCUCCCAGACUUACUCCAGGACGCAGAACCUGACAUUUCUAGGUCACGUGCAGACAUGUUUCCGGGAGAAGCGUUGGCACGACCUUCUCAAACUCAUGGACCACGUCUGCAAGGACGCCCUCACUAAAGACAACCCCAAUGCUGCUUUGCUGCAGGAGAAGUGGGGCUUUUUGGCAAGCAAACUGUGUCAGACUCAGAAGCAGAUACAAGCCUGUGAGACGGCCAUGGUCUUCGCCUUUGUGGAGGGAACUUUAGCCAAGGCAGUGAAGAGGGGCCACUGGAUCUUGCUAGAUGAGAUCAAUCUGGCAGCAGCAGAGACGCUGGAGUGUUUGAGUGGACUCCUGGAGGGCCGUGCUGGAUCGCUGGUGCUGCUGGACCGUGGAGAUUUUGAUCCUUUGGUUCGACACCCAGACUUCAGACUAUUUGCUUGCAUGAACCCAGCAACCGAUGUGGGGAAGAGAAACCUGCCUCUCGGCCUCAGGAACAGGUUUACGGAGCUAUACAUGGAGGAGCUGGAAAAUGAGGCAGACCUUCGGAUCCUGGUUUCAGACUACCUCAAAAACCUGAAUCCUCACAGGAAUGUCAUUGAUGGCAUCAUAAGUUUUUACUUGGUGAUAAGAAAGGAGGCCUCCUCGCACCUCGUCGACGGGACAGGCCACAGACCCCACUACAGUCUGCGUACACUCUGUCGGGCACUGAAGUAUGUGGCAGCAAACCCAUGCCAUGCUGUGCAGCGCUCACUUUAUGAGGGCUUCUGCCUGAGCUUUCUGACUCAGCUGGACAGGAGGUCCCAUCCUCUGGUCCAGAAACUGGUGUGUCAGCACAUCCUGAAAGGAAACACCAUGUGUCUCAAACAACCCAUUUUGGCUCCUGUUGGUCGAGCAUGUGUUGAGGUAGAAGGCUACUGGGUGUCUCAGGGAGAGAUGGAGCCAGUGGUGGAUCCCAGCUACAUCCUUACAGCCUCAGUCAAACUCAACCUACGGGACCUGGCUCGAGUGGCAUCUGCCGGAACUCACCCAGUACUCAUCCAGGGGGAAACAUCCGUGGGGAAGACCAGUCUUAUCCGCUGGUUGGCUACGGCCACUGGUAACCAAUGCGUUAGAAUCAACAACCAUGAGCACACCGACAUCCAGGAGUACAUAGGAUGCUACUCAUCAGAUGAUCGGGGCAAACUGGUGUUCACAGAGGGCAUACUGAUCAGUGCCAUGAGGAAGGGUUACUGGAUCAUCCUAGAUGAGUUGAACUUGGCCCCCACCGAUGUUCUGGAGGCCCUCAACAGGCUGCUGGAUGACAACAGGGAGCUUUUUGUGCCAGAGACACAGGAAGUGAUCAAGGCUCACCCAAGAUUCAUGUUGUUUGCAACACAGAACCCCCCUGGUCUCUACGGGGGUAGGAAGGUGCUUUCCAGGGCAUUCAGGAACCGCUUUGUGGAGCUACAUUUUGAUGAGCUACCGAGCCGGGAGCUGGAGACUAUCCUCCAUCAGAGGUGCAGAAUGCCUCCGUCAUAUUGCACCAAACUGGUCAAAGUCAUGACUGAUCUACAGUCCUUGCGCAGAGGGUCUUCUGUCUUUGCGGGCAAGCAUGGCUUCAUCACCCUCAGGGAUCUCUUCCGCUGGGCAGAUCGCUACAGGCUGGAAGAACAGACGGAAGCCUCUCAGGACUGGUUGCAGCAUUUGGCAGAUGAUGGCUACAUGCUGCUGGCAGGCCGUGUUAGAAAGCCAGAGGAGGAGGCUACCAUCCUGUCCAUCCUAGAGAAGAACCUGAAGAGGACCGUGAACCCAGAAAUGCUCUUCUCUCUGAAACAGGUCGCCAAGCAGUUUAGUCCAGUUGAUAGCGAUGUUGGAGUGCCGGAGGAGUUUGGCCAUGUGGUGUGGACGCAAAGCAUGAGGAGGCUCGCCGUGCUCGUCGGCCGAGCGCUUCGAUUUGGGGAGUCAGUGCUGCUGGUGGGCGACACCGGGUGUGGAAAAACUACAAUCUGCCAGAUGUUUGCAGCAUUAGCUGGCCAGAGGUUUUUCUCUGUCAACUGUCACUUACACAUGGAAACAUCCGACUUCCUGGGAGGCUUGCGUCCUGUCAGACAGUCCAGCCAGGCUGAGGGCGAUGAAUGCAGGUUGUUUGAGUGGCAUGACGGUCCCUUGGUUUUAGCCAUGAAGGAAGGUGGAGUGCUCCUUCUGGACGAGAUCUCCUUGGCAGACGAUUCCGUGCUGGAAAGACUGAACAGUGUUGUGGAGACGGAGAAGUCGCUAGUGCUGGCAGAGAAAGGCAGCGGUGAUGAUAAUCACGUGGAGCUCAUCACAGCAGAUGAAGAUUUCCGUUUGGUUGCCACCAUGAACCCUGGAGGAGAUUUUGGCAAGAAGGAGCUUUCUCCUGCCCUCAGGAACCGGUUCACCGAGAUCUGGUGUCCUCAGAGCAACGGGAGGACUGACCUACGCCAGAUCAUCCAACACAAUCUCUGCCCCGGUCUAGCACUCGAUGGUGGCGAUAUUGCCGACCUCAUUCUGGAUUUCAUCGAGUGGUUGACGCUUCAGGAUUUUGGUCGACGCUGCAUCCUCAGUGUCCGAGAUAUUCUUUCAUGGGUGAACUUCAUGAACGCUGUGUGCGAGCAGGACCAGGAUGGAGCCCUGAAUGUUGAAGAACGUGCAGACUUUGACGCUGUUAAAGCUCUCAUCCACGCUGCGUGUCUGGUUUACAUCGAUGGCAUCGGUUCAGGAACCACCGUGUCCUGUUCCCACGACGCCAUCACAGCACGCAGGAUGUGCCUGGCCUUCCUGCAGGAGCGAUUGAGUAGAAUGAAUAAAGUGGAUGAGGAGAUACUGGAGGUUUUGAGGAUGUACGACACCAGCCUACCACGAGAACCUCAGUGGGGUGAAGACGUCUUUGGCAUCAAGCCCUUCUACAUCUCCUUAGGUCCUCUCACCGAGAGCCAUGCCCUGUCCGACUACACCAUUGCAGCAGGCACCACUGCAAUGAACGCCCAGAGGCUUUUGCGGGCAUUGAAGCUGCAGAGGCCAGUUCUGUUAGAAGGAUCACCUGGCGUAGGUAAAACAAGUCUGGUGUCUGCACUGGCAAAAGCUUCAGGGAACCACCUGGUCAGAAUCAACCUGUCAGAGCAGACGGACGUCACUGACUUGUUUGGCACGGAUCUCCCCGUAGAGGGAGGGAAGGGAGGACAGUUUGCAUGGCGUGAUGGUCCGCUUCUGGCCGCUCUGAAGGCAGGCCACUGGGUUCUCCUAGACGAGCUGAACCUGGCGUCCCAGCCGGUGUUGGAAGGACUGAACGCGUGUUUUGACCACAGAGCGGAGGUCUUCAUUCCCGAGCUGGGCGUCACCUUCCAAGUUCAGCACGAGAAGACAAAAAUCUUCGGCUGUCAGAAUCCGUACACUCAAGGUGGGGGCCGUAAGGGCCUUCCCAAAUCAUUCCUGAACCGAUUCACACAGGUGUUUGUGGACCAGCUCACCAACAAAGACAUGGAGUUCAUAGGGAACUCGAUAUUUCCCAGCAUUGAUCAACAAAUCCUUUCUCGAAUGGUGGAGUUCAGCGACAGGCUUGUCCAAGAGGUGAGUGUGGAGCGACGCUGGGGUCAGAAAGGAAGCCCCUGGGAGUUCAACCUGCGUGACAUAUUCCGCUGGUGUCAGCUAAUACAAGCCGACCAGUCACCGGGAUCCAUCCAUCCCGGCCAACAUGUGGCUUUGCUGUAUGCAGAGAGGAUGAGAACAGAGGCUGAUAAGGCGCAGGUAUUGGCUGUGUUCAAGAAGGUGUUCGGGCAGGACUUUCAUCCCUACAUGUGUUCCAGACAAUUCUAUAUGACGCCACUCACCGUGCAGGUGGGGUUUUCUGUCCUGCAGCACCAUGGCGGAGCCCAUGUGUCCUCGGAGCCUCCGUUGUCCAUCACACACCAAGCACUGGGACCCCUUGAGUCUUUGAUGAAAUGUGUUGAAAUGGGCUGGAUGAGCAUCCUGGUUGGGCCAACGGGCAGCGGGAAGACCAGCCUGGUGAGACUACUGGCCGCCUUGGCAGGAAAGCGCCUCAGAGUCAUGGCAAUGAAUAGUGCCAUGGACACGACGGAGUUGCUAGGAGGCUUUGAACAGGUGGAUAUCAUGCGGCCAUGGCAACAUGUUCUUGAAAGCGUGGACUAUUUAGUUGCUAUGGUAACAAGGCAUGGCUUGUUGUCACUGGAUGACCGCCUGAAAGAGACAGAGCUUCUGCUGAAAAAAUGGGGCCUGUUUUGCCGCUGGCUGAAGGAGGAGGAGUUGAUAAGCGUCACCUCUGAAGCCGUAAACAAACUGGAAGUCAUCGUCGUCCUCCUGGAAAAGCUCAACGCCAAGCUCAGAGCGUUCACAGAUGUGUCCCAGCUGCAAGAGGACUUGAAGCUGCUGAAAGUGCGUCUGACCCAGCAGGAGGAUGGCAACAACACUGGAGGCUUCGAGUGGUUGGACGGGAUGCUGAUCCAAGCCCUACAGGCCGGCGACUGGUUGCUCAUGGACAAUGUGAACUUCUGCAGUGCCUCUGUACUGGAUCGUCUCAAUGCCCUGCUGGAACCUGGUGGAUCUCUCACCAUUAAUGAACGCGGGAUCAUUGAUGGGAGCACCCCUAAAAUCACACCACAUCCUAAUUUCAGGUUGUUCCUGACAAUGGACCCUGUGCACGGGGAGCUCUCGAGAGCCAUGAGGAACAGAGGGGUGGAGGUCUACAUCCCUGGGGAGAACGAGGGCAUCUCCUGGGACACAUUGGAUUUGAAAACAUUGCUUGGCUGUGCAGGAGUGACUGGAGACUGCGUGUGCAAUUUGCUGAUUGACAUACAUAAAAGCAUCAAAGGCGCCAUCUGGGAUUCCCCUGCCUCGUCGGUGGCUUCCAUGCUGCAUGCUGCCACCCUGCUGUCCUGCCAGCUGCAGAGAGGUGUGGAUUUAGCCAGCGCACUGAAGCACGCCUGCGGAGAGGCGUACGCACACUGCCAACGCACCCCUGCCAACCUAAAGCUGGCCAUGAAGAUAAUAGAGCAGAACCUGACAGUCCUGGACGAGGACUGGGGAAGUGGCUUACUGUGUGCUGGUGUUUGGCCUGACAGCCUUCCAUCGGCAUUGCUCGCCACAGAGGAUUCCUGUUUCUCUACUAUCCUCCGUGAUGGACAGGUCUUGUCUUUUUGCCUCAACGCCCUCAGUUUGCAGGGUCAACGGAAUCGCCCACUAUGUCUGAGUGACCUGCAGAGAGCAUUGGAGAGCGGUGGUGUCCACGAAGGUCUGGUGUUCUCAGACGGAAGGCAAAAUCCAGACCAAGAUGUUCUGCAGCUGAUGCCCACGGCGGUGAAACUUAUCACGGAGAGAGCCUCUCAUGGAGACUGGAUCAUGCGCAGCCGCUGGCUGUCCCAUUUGAGGAAGAGCUACCGAUACUUACCUGAUGUGGUUUUGGUUCAAGUGGAAGCAGGAAGCAGAGCGCUAAAGGCCGCAUUCACCAGUAAUCUUGCUGCUCAGGGAAAAUCACUUUCUGCUCUUCUCCAGCCACACAACAAAGACGAGUGCAGGAUGUUGGCAGACAUGCGCUGGAACAAGCAGUACAUGGAUAUUUUAGCCACCAAGCGUUUUGAAGACCAGGAAAGCUACGUGGAUUAUCUCCAGUCACUGGAUGCAGUUACCAACAGGAUGACUCUCAUGAUGGACAGAGAGGAGAGGGUUGUAAUUUGCACCUCGGCUAUGAACUCGUCUGCUCAGAACUGUGCCCUGAGGAUUGCCGCAGCCUUCUCCAAAAAGACGGUGGAUAUUGGUCACCUGCCUCAUCCAGUGCUGAUGCACCUAUGCGCUUUCUUUCACCUGUUUGAUUCCUUCACGCUUGAUGCUAUUCAGAGCGGCCAGGCUUAUAUCUCAGACCACAUUAUGUUUGAGGUCCUGGAGAUCCUGUCGUGGCGUGAUCGUUUCUGGGAUGUUUGCAGCACGAUGCCAGCGGACGCAAAAGGGAUUGCCGUGCUGUCGCUGCACUGGCAAUGGGUACAGAAGCACCUCCAUCUCCGUCUGCCGCUGCUCUUGCUUGGAGACGCUCACGCCACAUUUCACGGCCACCAGGAGCUGAAAGCAGUUUCAGGAGCCAUCCAGAAGCUUCUCUCCACUCCAGCGUGUGUGGCUGCCUUUCUAAAAGGCAUCCAGAAAACACUGGGGAAAUCACUGCCAUUCAAGUUGCAGAGUGUUGCGGACUGCGCAUCGCAGCUGAGGGUCCUCAGUAAAACCCUGGAUGUGCGUCAGCUCACAUUUGAUCACGCCUUCAGCUCCUGGAAGCGGGAGUUAGUCUGUCUUCAGAUUGCAGGACUCUGUGUGGACGUUAAGGAGAGUCUGCUCGAAGCCUGGGGUCUGGUUCUGCUCGCAAACAACCAACUGGAUCCACAGAAAUCUGGAAUAUUGGAGAGGUUGGUGUCAAGUGUGGAUCAGCAGCUGCACCUAAUGACUUCCAGGGGUGUCAUGGAGACCCAGGCGAUGUCCGGAGAGGACGAAUCAACAGACACAGGAGUUCCUCUGUCUCAGCGAGACCUGCGGGACCUGAGCCGCAGGGCUCAACUAUGGCCGCUGACGGAGGAAGUGGCUGCGCUCAAUCAGCUGCGACUCAGCACAGAUUUAAUCCAGUUGUCUUUCACACACGGAGACGGAGAAGCAGAGGAGAAAUUCCGUCUAGAACUUUCCAGACAUCUUCACUACUGCCUUCAGUCCACACCGAUGAAUGUCAGUCAGCUGCUGCCACUCUGGUUUCUUCUCAAGAGUGAAAAGCCAGUGGAGGAGCUGCAGUUUGUGUGGUGUGAGCUGCUGUCAGCGGCUUUGGCUGCCUUGUGGACAAACGGUGCCGCUUCAGAGCCUGACCGCUGGCAGAAAUGGGACCCCCUCAACGCUGACCGAGAGCUGCAACCAAAGACACGUGGCGGAGUGAAGAACAUGGGCCCAGCCUUGCUAAGUAAAGCCGUGUGGUCCCAUUGCACACUGGAAGUGCUCGGCAGCAGUGAGACUGGAAGACAGUGGGAACCAUCUGGCACCGCCCUCCUUUCCAUCUCCAACGUGACGCUGGGAGAGUGGCAGGACAAGCUUCAGCAGCUCCAGGAUUUGUCAGCAGUCUUGUGGGACAAUAUGACCUUUCCAGCACUGGCGGACUUAAAAUGCACAGAUUGGAGGCUGCGGGGUGCGGUUCUGUGUCGACAGCUACUCAGCAUGACAGACCUGUUGCCUCCUGGCCUGCAGGAGUCUUACAUGGAGUCCUGCCAGAGCCUGCUUGAGCAACCUCACCAGCUGAUGGCCGCUCAGGAGAUCCAGGGGAUCCUCAGAGACCUCCUUGCCACCAAAGGGAUCCCGGAUGGAAUAGUACAUGGCUGCAUCACCUGCCUGCAGGAAUACACUCAAAGCAAAGUUGAAGGCAGCAACUCUUUAGCGUGCGCUGGUGUGUUUUGGGUCAACAUGGGCUUGCUCCAGAUCAAAGUGUGGACACCCCAAACCAUCUUUGACCCAGCUGUGAAGCGGGCCUACAAACUGGGCUAUGCCCAGCAAGAGUUGGAAAUAUUGCAUAAGGAGUGGAAAACACGGAGCUUAUCAUCUGAGCUGGUGACCGGGGCAGAAUUGGAGGAGAGCAGCACUACUGAUGGCAUCCAGCAUCCCCGAAUCAGAUAUCUGCGGCUCCGCAUGCAGCAGCUGAAGGGGCAAAUAGCUGAGCUCUCUCGGAAGCAGGCAUGUCGUCCCCAGGAACAGCAGUACGGAAAGUUAUUCCAGGACCUCCAGCACUACCUCUGCAGCAUUGGCCAGGCAUCGGCAGUGCAAGAUCUGCUCUCUCGCUUGCAAAGCGCCCUGUCUGGUUCCUCCUCAGUGCCAGCUGUCCAGGGCCUGCUGAAGGAGGAGGCCGUCUGGCAGAACUCCCAGCAGUGCUUCUUUGAGAGGCUCCAAGAGGACUACCCUCUGUACCCGGAUGUGGUGGAGCCCAUAACGGCUGGAAUACUCCAACUCCGUUAUGGCAUGAAGCUGGUGGCCUCCCAAGUGGCUGCCUCGCUACGUCAUGUGCCUGGACUUCCCAACCUGGUGUCCUGCCUUUUGUCCUUUCCCUCCCUGUCCUCCAGUCAGCAAUCCUACCUGACCCAGGCUGACUUCCUCUGCUCCAAUGAAAGUCUGGAAGUUUUGCAUAAUCUCGGGAAGCUGCUGCCACAAGGAACAAGUCAUGUGCUGGCGCAGCCGUCCACAUUGCUCCUCAAUGCUCUGCUGUUUGUACAGUGCCACACACUGAGCGCGGAACGGUUUAGUCCUGCAGCGUGGAACACCUUCACGCAUAUCUGUCAGGCCCUUGUAAAUGAGUGGGACGAGAUGGAGAGGAAGCGGCGAGAUCGUGAACAGCAGGAGGCUUCUCUGUACCGCAGUGGCAGCCGCUUGCAUGGCACAGGACUGACCGAGGACCAGCAGGAAGAGAGGGACUUCAGACGGCAGUUCCCUCAGUUUGAGAAGGACUUUGCAGACAUGAGUGAGCCCAGCUUGGAGGCUCCAGCAGAUGCAAGCCAGGAGGAAGAAGCCAGAGAAGACGACAGUAGUGUUCUCUCCCCGAUCGCAAUGACCACAGUGAUGCAGAUUCACCAGCGCCUGUGUCUGGGGUACGCUCGGGCGUUGUGGUACCAGAGCACGGCGCCGGCCGCUCACGUCAGCGACUACGUUAACACCCUGGUGUCCUCUUACCAAGUCGCCGCCCCCGUGAUGACACACUUCUAUCAUCUGAUUGAUGCAGACGUGAACCAGCUGCUUUCAGGCAGUGAGCUGCUGCUCUCCACUCUCCUUCAGAACACAGUGAACGGGGCGACAGGGUCAGAUGUUCUGGUUCUCACGUCAGAAGGACCUUACGACUUCUAUCAACAUCCCAAUCUGAGCGAGGCCCGCCUGUGUCUCGCCGUCUUGGAGCAGAUGAAUAUCGCUGUCAAGCAGAGACUCGCGGACUGGCCAGAACACCCAGCCCUUGUACAGCUAACUGUGGUGAUCGAGAGGAUCAUGGGUUUUGGUUUGUCCAGUCCACUAGCAGCAUUCCUCAAUGGUCUGGAGAUACUGCUGAGCAAAGCACAAGACUGGGAGAAUAACGCCAGCCGUGCGGUGUCACUGCAGAAAGAACUGGAAGCGGUGACUCAGCUCAUUAUCCAAUGGCGGAAGCUGGAGCUGAAUUGUUGGUCAAGCAGUCUGGACAAUGCAGUGAAGCGCCACACCGAGAAGUCGACCAAGCAUUGGUUCUCUAUUUACCAGCUAUUAGCCAAAUAUCUGGCCGACCAGACAAUGCCUGCCCGUUCAGGCCAAGAUAUGGGAGACCUUUCCCUGUCCUCGUUGUCGUCCACUCUCCAAGCUUUCAUGGAAGGGGCCAACCUGGGCGAGUUCCACACCCGCUUGACCAUGCUGCUCACUUUCCACUGCCACAUCCUUCUGCUCCCAACUGAGCCUGGACGAGGUCAGUUAUGUCAUCUUCUGUGGAACCUGCACAAAUACUACAGUCAGUUUUCCGACUGUAUUAACACCAAAAUCCUCCAGCUCAGACAGCCCAUUGAGAAGGAGCUGAAGGAUUUUGUCAAGAUCUCCAAGUGGAAUGAUGUCAGUUUCUGGUCCCUCAAGCAGUCUGUGGAGAAGACGCAUCGCACGCUCUUCAAGUUCGUCAAGAAGUUUGAGGAGGCUCUGAAUAGCCCCAGUCUCCCUGCUCUGGUUGAAGAGGAAAGCAGCGCUUCUCCAGAUAACGUGGAUAGAAACCCAGAGGACACACCCCUUCACCGGCUGCACAAGGCACUCAAGCCAGCCCUGCCAGGAAAGAAUCUGGACCUGCAAGUCCAGAUGGAGGACGGAGUAGAGUCGGGAUCUCUGCAAGGACGUCUGCCUCUUCUGACCCGAAAGAUGAAGAAAGUGUGUGUCCAGCUCCUCAAGAAACACUCAGCACCUGAACUGACUGAAGAUCUGGACUGUUUCACAGGUCAGGUCAUCAGAACCUUGCAGGAGUUGCAAGGCCUCACCUUGGAUCCGUCAGCAGAAAAAGACAAGCAGAAGGUUCAGGUCAAACACAUCCUCCAGCAAAAGCAGAGAGCGCUGUCCGACCUCUUUAAGAUGCUGGCAGAGAUAGGUCUAUCAUACCGUAAAGGUUUGAUAUGGAGCAGGACCGCUGACCCUGUGGACACCCUGUGUAUACCGCCACUGGAAAUGAGCGCCGCUUUUUCCACUGUCGGACCCCAGGACCCGACUGAGACCCGGUUGAUGUCAGAGUUGCUAAGUGCGUGGGAUGGCUGUCAACGUUACUUCUACUCUUCAUGGGCGAGGAGAAAUGCUCUGCAGACUGCCCUCCAUCACGCUGGGAGAGAGUUGGGUCUGGGGAACAUCGAGCGCUGUCGAGGUUUCUCAUCUCACCUUUUUCAGCUGCUCCUCCGUCAGAGGCAGCGUUUAGCCAUGCUGACUCAACAGUGGGUCCAUCUCAGGAGUUUAAUCAGCACCGUGCAGGACAUCAGGGUCCAACUCCAAAGCCGCAGUGAGGACGCAGAUUGCCCACUCCUGCCGCAGGAACAUCUGCAUGCUUGGGUGACCAAAGGGCAGGAUCUGGCCGCUCGGUGUUCCAUCCUGCUUCAGCAGCUCUCCUGGCUUCUGCAGUGCUGCCCUGGAGAUCCCCAGCAGCCGGAAGGAGAGAAUAGAAGCUCGCUAAGGUUUGCAUCUCCGCUGGCAGAUCAUCGCCAGCCCCCUGGCUGCCGGAUGCGGAGAGGAGAUGCCGCCUGGGGUCAGCUCAACCAGCGUAUUGCUACAACGCUGAAGCAGACAUUAAUCUUGAAGACCGAGCUUCAUCACAUGACACAGCGGAGCUCAGACGGAGUACUACUUACACGGAAGCAUUUCCAAUCGUGCUGCUCUGCUUUCGAUCACCUGACCACUGUGAUGUGUCAGCUGCGUGAUAUUCAGCAAUUCUUCAUGCCGGACGCACGCGUCUGCAGCAACAUGCUUCAACCAGCCAUCAUCCAGAGCCUGCGUUUUGUCAUGGAAGAGUUACUGACCAAUGUCACAGAGUUCACCACCUGGAAGAGCCAGCUUCUCUCGGUUGGACACCCUCCCUCUGAGGAGACGUCCGCAUUCUCUGAUGAGUUUGCUGUUGAGCUGGAAAGAAACAUCAGCAGCGUGCUCUGUGCUGUCCAGACGCUCGUGAAGAGAAGGGAGAGUGAUGAGCCAGGAGAUGACAACACAGCUCCAGAGAUGACGGACGAGGAGGUCGGUGAAGAAUGUGAAGAUGACCUCCUGAAGCCUGGACACCUCAGCCAUCACCUGGAGGAGGAUCUGGCAUCUGAUGUGGAGGAUCUCAGCGUGGGGGGUGUCAACAGCAGGCUGGAGAGGCUCCUGGACUGCUUAAGGAAGCACACAAACGCCUCUCCCACACUGAGGCUUCAGGAGGUCAAAAGGUCAUGUCGGAUGCUGGUUCGUGUUGAGCCUCUUCUGGGGAUUUACUCUGACCUGGUUCGCUACUACCUGGCUGUGUUGGUGGGAGUCCACAGAUCCACUGGGAAACUGCUGUCCGUACUGGCCAACAUCUUCACCCAGCUUGCUCAGAAGGGUUUCUGCUUGCCUCAGGAGAUGGCCGCUGGAGAUGGUGAAGGUGCCACAGAGUUCCAUGACUAUGAGGGUGGUGGCAUAGGAGAAGGCGAGGGCGCCAAGGAUGUCAGUGACAAAAUUGAGAACGAAGACCAGGUGGAGGACACCUUUACCGAUGGCAAGGACAAAGAAGAACAACAAGAUGAGAAGAAAAUAAAAGCUGAAGACAAUGCAGUGGAGAUGUCGGAAGACUUUGAUGGCCAAAUGCAUGACGGUGAUGAGAAUGACGCUGGUGGAGAUGAAUCUGAUGAGGAGAAGGAGAAGGAAGAGUUGGACCAAAAGAUGGGGGAUCUGGGUGAUGGACAGACGGAUACCCUGGAUGAGAGAAUGUGGGGGGAUGACGAGGAUGAUGAUGAAGACGGAGGGAGUGACACAGAGGAAGAAUCUGGCCAAGGCGUGGAUCAGGGUGAAUCUGAAUUAGUGGCAAAGGAUGACAACCUGGAUGCUGCGGAGCACGACAAAGACAAAGAUGGCAAAGAGGAGGACCGUGUGGACGCAGAAGAGAAAGCCAAAAUCAACGAACAAGGAGAUGAGAGGGAGUUUGACGAGAACGAAGUGGACCCCUACCAUGGCCAGCAGGAUAAGAGACCUGAACCUGAGGCUUUGGAUCUGCCCGAGGGUCUGAACCUGGACCAAGAUGACGAGACAGGAGACAAGGGAGAUGAUGAAGGUGACGAAGACAACCCAUUCGAUAUUGAUGACAAAGCCAUGGCCACAGAAGGUGAGGACGAUGGACAGAAGGAUGGAGAUGAUGAAGAAGAAGGACUGGAACAGAUGGAACAGGACCAGUCAGAGCAACAGGAAGAUGAUGGCAGUCUGGAGGCGGAGCCCAAGAUGGAGACGGAAGAGGACGAAGAAGAUAAAGAAAAAGCAGGGAAAGAUGGGGAGGCGGAAAACGAGGAACACGAGGCGGCAAAAGAUGAGCGCGUUCCCAAAGAGGAAGCAGCCGAUACUAAGGAUGCUGACGCUGAAGGUAAGGAUGAUGAUGAUGAGGAACAGCCAGAAGCAGUAGAGAGGAAGGAGCACAGCGCUGACGGGCAAACGGGGGAGCAGAACGUGCAGAGUGACGCUGCUGUGGAGCUGGCGGGAGAAGCGUCACAGACGGAUGAAGCCAAAGAGGAGCACGGGAGCGGCGCUUCCGAUGCCAACGAAUCAGCAGGUCACCAGUCAAAGUUGGCGGCAAGGAUGGCUUUGCAGACACAAACGCAUAACAAGACUCAGAGCUUCAAACGAAAACCCGGCCAAGCGGACAAUGAGCGAUCAAUGGGCGACUACAACGAGCGUAUCAAUAAGCGUCUGCGUACCAUCGAGAGCGCUAAAAAUCAAACACAAGACCGCCGGCAGCCCGACAGCCGGCAAGAGUCUGACCUGUACGAGCACGUGAAAGACGGAGACGAGGCUUACGAUACGCAAACAUAUGAUGUUGCUAAUGCUGAUCAGCAGAAAGCAGGAAGACCUCAACAGGACCAGGCUGAAGAUCAGGAUGCGGAUGAUGUCGCCAUGGAAACAGAGCACCAAGACGAAGACGUUGAAGCUGCUGAGGUCCAGGAACUGAAACAUGAGCGACUGGACUCAACAAAGUCCUCGCAGAAAGGUAUAGAGAGUGGGGACAUGGAUGUGCAGACGACAGAAAAUGAAGAGGGUGAACAUACGGACACCCGGCAGCCCCCAGCGAGAGAGAAAGCUGAGAAAAACACACAAUCCACCUUUCAUACGAUUCCGGAGCUGCUCAUGGACACCAUGCAGACAGUUGAGAAGGACCCCGAGGUGAUCAGGAAGGAGAUGGAGUUGCAGUUAGCGCUGUGGCACAAACUGACUCCAGGAACUGAGGAGGAGGAGAGGGCAGCGGAGAACAUGUGGCGCCAGUACCAGACUUUGACCUCGUCUCUGUCACAGCAACUGUGUGAGCAGCUUCGCCUCAUUUUGGAACCCACACAAGCUGCCAAGCUCAAAGGUGAUUACCGCACAGGAAAGCGUCUCAACAUGAGAAAAGUCAUCCCUUACAUUGCCAGUCAGUUCCGGAAGGAUAAGAUCUGGUUGAGGAGGACCAAGCCCAGCAAAAGGCAGUACCAGAUCUGCCUGGCAAUAGACGACUCAUCCAGCAUGGUGGACAACCACUCCAAACAGCUGGCGUUUGAAUCCCUGUCAGUGAUCGUCAAUGCGCUCACGCUGUUGGAAGUUGGACAAGUGUCAGUAUGCAGUUUUGGCGAGCAGGUGCAGCUUCUCCAUCCUUUCCAGCUGCAAUUCAGCGAUGAGUCUGGAGCUCGCAUCCUCCGACUUUGUCAAUUCCAGCAGAAGAAGACCAGGAUUGCUCAGUUCCUAGAGAGUUCCACCAAGAUGUUUCUUGCAGCACGGCAGCAGUUUCCAGGAUCUACAAAUGCAGAGACAGCCCAGCUGUUGCUCAUCGUGUCGGAUGGUCGAGGCUUGUUCCUGGAAGGGAAGGAGCGAGUGAUGGCGCAAAUCCGAGCGUCACGCGGUGCCAAUGUCUUCCUCAUCUUUGUGGUUCUUGACAGUCUCAGCUCACGGGAUUCCAUCCUGGACAUCAGAGUUCCGAUAUUCAAAGGGCCAGGAGAACUGCCUGAGAUCCGCUCCUACAUGGACGAGUUCCCCUUCCCUUUCUACGUCAUCUUGCGAGACGUUAACGCCUUGCCAGAAACCCUGAGUGACGCGCUGAGGCAGUGGUUUGAACUGGUCACUGCUGACCAUCAGUGACCGCUUCCUUCGUCGUGGAAGGAAAUCAGACAAUAAGACAUGACCAUGCUGCUCACAUGUGCCUUCAUGUAUUAUCUCGUUAUGCUCACAUGACUCGUACAUUUUUUAAAAUCUUCAUCAGGGAAGUAGUAGCAGUCAUCCUGUAAGAAAGACCGAUUGACGUUUAUCAUGUGAAAACUAAAUAUGACGGGACUGCAUCCCUCGGCCUUGAAAUCAUGACUUAAUAAAUGAUCACAGAUAGUUCUUGACUUUUAUUCAACAGUUUUUUACUGCAGACCUGGA